GCAGCGUCAUGUCCGUCUGCCUGCAGCAGCGCAGGUAGGGCUUCUGCGGGAAGAUGGCGACGGAUAAACAGAAGCAUGAAGGGAGAGUGAAGAUUGGACACUACAUUCUUGGGGAUACGCUUGGUGUAGGAACCUUUGGAAAAGUUAAAAUUGGACAGCAUGAACUGACAAAGCACCAAGUGGCUGUAAAGAUUCUCAACCGGCAGAAAAUCCGUAGCCUGGAUGUCGUGGGAAAGAUUCGAAGGGAAAUCCAGAAUCUCAAGCUAUUCAGACAUCCGCAUAUAAUUAAACUGUAUCAAGUAAUUAGCACACCAACAGAUAUUUUCAUGGUGAUGGAAUAUGUUUCUGGUGGAGAGCUGUUUGACUACAUCUGUAAAAAUGGGAAGCUUGAUGAGAAGGAGAGCAGACGGCUCUUUCAGCAGAUCAUCUCUGCAGUGGAUUACUGCCAUAGACACAUGGUGGUGCACAGAGACCUCAAACCAGAGAAUGUGUUGCUGGACGCACAAAUGAAUGCAAAAAUCGCAGAUUUUGGUCUGUCAAAUAUGAUGUCUGAUGGUGAAUUUUUGAGAACUAGCUGUGGUUCUCCUAACUAUGCUGCUCCAGAAGUCAUUUCAGGAAGGUUGUAUGCUGGUCCAGAGGUAGAUAUCUGGAGCAGUGGUGUAAUUCUUUACGCCCUGCUCUGUGGGACACUCCCAUUCGAUGAUGAUCACGUGCCAACGUUGUUCAAGAAGAUCUGCGAUGGCAUCUUCUACACGCCACAGUACUUGAACCCCUCUGUAAUCAGCCUUCUGAAGCACAUGUUGCAAGUGGAUCCUAUGAAAAGGGCAACCAUUAAGGACAUUCGCGAAGAUGAAUGGUUCAAACAGGACCUCCCUAAAUACUUGUUUCCUGAAGACCCGGCCUAUAGCAACACCAUGAUUGAUGAUGAGGCUCUGAAGGAGGUCUGUGAGAAAUUUGAAUGUGCUGAAGAGGAGGUUCUGAGCUGCUUGUACAGUCGGAAUCACCAGGACCCUCUGGCUGUGGCCUAUCACCUCAUUAUAGACAAUCGCAGGAUCAUGGAUGAGGCCAAGGACUUCUACUUGGCCAGUAGUCCUCCUGACUCAUUCCUGGAUGAGCACCACUUAGCAGCAGCGAAGCCUCACCCAGAACGAGUACCUUUCUUGGUUGCAGAAGUGCCACCGAGGUCACGCCACACACUGGAUGAGCUAAACCCACAGAAGUCAAAGCACCAGGGUGUGCGCAGAGCUAAAUGGCAUCUGGGUAUCAGAAGUCAGAGUCGGCCCACUGACAUCAUGGCAGAAGUUUGCAGAGCAAUGAAGCAACUAGACUACGAGUGGAAGGUUGUGAACCCAUAUUAUCUUCGUGUGCGAAGAAAGAACCCAGUGACGGGAAUGUAUACCAAGAUGAGUCUUCAGCUCUACCAGGUUGAUAGCAGGACCUACCUCCUAGACUUCCGUAGCAUCGAUGAUGAAGUGACAGAGGUGAAAUCUGGGACAGCUACCCCUCACCGCUCAGGCUCUGUCGGGAACUACCGGACGUCUCUGAAGAAUGAGGUGGAGGGGGACUCUCUCUCUAAGGGGGACCCACCUGCCCGAGGCUCGGAUGGCUCUCUGACAUCAUCGCUGACAUCAUCAGCGGACUCCACAAGUGGGGACACUGUUCCAAGACCAGGGAGCCAUACCAUAGAGUUUUUUGAGAUGUGUGCUAAUCUCAUAAAAAUACUUGCACGAUAAUUUUUGGCAUUAGCCUUUGAGUGUCUUUAUAGCAAUAAGCAUGCAACGAUUCAUGGCUUAAUGCUUCCCACAUGGAUGGAGACCUUUAAUGGAACUUAAUGAAGUUAGCUCCUGUGAAAGGGCUUGCUUGGGGAGGGAACAUUAACAGUGAUUGCUAAGCCACUUUAUAGUAAAUUAGGAGUUUUUAAAAUUAAUUUUCAUUCUUGUUGUUCAUUUAGUUGAAUUGUGUAACCCCCAAAUUCAUUUGACUUUUUCCACCCUUGCAUUGGCACAAUGAGGAGCAUAAUCUAACUGUACUGUGUUCAGUGAUGUUAAAUCCCUGUUUAUUUUAUAAAAUAAUUUGCCUGCAGGAGCUCUAGAAUUAAAUGCAGGAAGCAAAUUUGCACACGUUCCUACCUGCUGCUCUAGUAUCUCGAUUGGAAGACUAGAAUACCAGUGCCCAACUUGCACAAUGUGCUGUAUGCAUUUUGCAGAAGAAUGCAUAAAAUAGAAUUUCACUGGGGAAGAACACAAUUGUGCAAUUCUCCACAAAACAUUUCUUUUGCUCUGGUAUAACUUAAGGACUGAUUUUUAAAAAUUCAACUUAAUUCAUUCGUUUGCCAUUUUGUAAUAGAUGUUUCUUAAUUUGCAUAUGUAUGUCCCCAAAUUUUUUAUAUAUGAUGAAUGCAAAUUUGAAUCUGGAUAUAUUUAUCACUGCUUUAUGUGGGGAUCCUAGAUACUGUUGAAAUUAUGGAUUAUAGUGUAUAUGGACUUUGGAAUUGUGAUUUUUUUUUUAAAUUUAGCAUAUUUUUAAUUAUAUAACUGGAUUUCCCAUUUUAAUCCAUUUACUUUUUUGUUUGAAAGUCUUCACUUUUUAUUUCAGUCUUAUAAAAAUUUUUGGUCAGCUUUUUUUCAUUAGGGUAAAAUCAAAGGAUAUACCAAUGUGAGCAUUAAAAUAGGUUGAUUAUUUUACCCAAUAUUCCAUGUUUCAUAAUAUUGUUAAAAUUUCAUUCUGUACAGUGGAGUUUGACAGGUAUUUGCUAAAUUCAGGCAUGGCUAAAUCAUUUUCAUAGACUGCUUCCAAGAAGUUAACUUUGAAAAAGAUCAAUUAAGCCAUUUUUGCUUGAAUUGUAAAAUUUGUCACUAUCAGGUUUAAAUAUUGAUGCCCAUUUAUCUAGUUUAUUUUACCUUAGGUUUAAUCAUUAAAGAUUUGGUUUGAUAUGAGCAUUUGAACUAUAUUACUUAUUGGUAUUUACAACAUUUUCAGGCAAACUGUGAUAUAUAACUUCAGAAUUCUGUAGGUUUUCUUACCUUGGGUAGCCCAGACUUCACUUUUGGGAAAUUCAGAGUUUCGUUUUACUUUCUUUCACUUUUUUAGUUUAAAUUCUGGAAGAAAAGACAUUGAAAGAUGCUGUGGUUCAGACUGCCUGUGCUUCCAGUGUGCCAAUCUUCUAGCAUUGAACUGAACUACCAUUAUUCGUCAUAGAAAGGCUAUAGAUGGUAGCUUCACAGAAGAACAUUUCUGAAAAGAAAAUGCACUGAAUACAGGCUUAACAGUUUUGUUAAUAGAACAGUUUUAAAACAAGCGAUACUGAUAUUUUCUCAGAGUGUUCCUACCUAAAGAUAGAUUUUAUGAUGGCAGGAGAAGGAACCAAUGAUGUAACAUGCCCACUCUUAAGCUUAGUAGCACUUGAUUUAGAGUUCAGUAACAACUGUGCACGCAUUGUCUUCUUAUUAAACUGAUGCCAAAAACACGUUUUUAGAAAUUGAUCAUUCAGAUUUGUGUUUUUUAAACAUUUUGUUUUAAUAUCCACUAAAUUCAUUAGGUGUCUAAGGUGCAUAUAAAGUGAAAGUGUUUUAUUGGCUCUCCUGCAGUGGUGAGAAAGCAGCAGCUACUUAGGACAGCCAUUUAAUAAUUACAGGUCUGCAUAGCAGCUGCCUUAUUGUUAAUACAAACUGUUGAUCAGAUAUGUAUCAGUGGAAGGGGAAGUAAAGUGUUCAUUCCCAGAAUUCAAUGGGGCUGAAAGUGAUCUAUAUUAAUUCUUACAUCCAGAAAUGGCCACAGGUACUCAAUUGGUAUAAUUUUUCUUGCUUGAAGUUUUUGUUAUAUAUCCACCGUAAUUUAAAUAUUUGAGAGAUUUUUUUAAACAUUUGGUUACUUCAAAAUACAAAGCAUUGAUAAUUCUCCCCGACUUUACAUUUUUUAAUUUAAAAGGAUUUUGUUUUUUUAAAGGUAUAACUUGCCCUCUUAAGAGAACUACUUGAUUUGAAUUGAAUUUCUUUACAGCAUGGUAUUUUCCCUUUUUACCUUUGUACGAUGGCAGUGUUUUAAAUGGAUUAAUUCAGAAAGGGGACCAGUUACAUAAGCAUUAUCUGGACUCUGUAUGUGUCUUAAUUGCUUUCAUGAAUUUUAAUGUAAAGGGACCCUACAUGUUUGCCCAAUGUAAGUUUUACUUUACAGUGUUUAAAAUCAUAUGUACAAGAACUGCCUAAUAAACAUAAAUUGCACAAACCUUCCA